AUGAAUUACGGAAGCUGGAAGUUGCCUAAACUGAAGACUGAGCUCAAAGCACGAGGUGCUCGAGUGUCAGGAAGAAAAAUCGAUCUGAUAGAACGACUCGAGAGCUAUGACCGAAACUGCAAUUUUGGGAGAGAGCCAGAACUUGAAGCGGAGUUUGAAAUGACACUGCCCCUAGUUGAAACUUAUAGGGAUGUAAAUGGUGACAGUCAUCUUCCUUUUUUAGCAUAUGAAGCUAUAAAUUAUUACUUACAGCCUUUUCAGAAGAAACUUGGUUCAAGUUCAAAGAAUCUGUACACUAGUAGGUUUUUGAAAUUUUUUCGUUAUUCCAAACCUAAUAACAUGUGUUUCCUGAAGUCUGAGUGCUGUGCUGAAAUGAAGAAGCAUGUGACUUACAAAGUCGAUAUUGCAAUUGAUGACGAUGGUUCUGUUGUGGAGGGGCAGUGUGAGUGUGCUGCAGGCCAGGGUCCAUCAGGACAUUGCAAACAUAUUUGUGCAGUGUUAUAUGCUAUGCACAAGUUUUCAACAACUGGCGAUGUUUUAACUGAAGAAACAUGUACUCAAAGAUUACAAACAUUUCAUAAAAGUAAACCCUAUAAAGGCAGUCCCAUAAAGGCGACUGACCUUGAUUUAUGCAACAGUGAAUUGAAUGUUAUAUUUGACCCACGACCAGUUCAGUAUCGCCAAGUGCCAAAUUACCCUGACUUUUUCCGCAAUGUUUGGUUGAACCACCCUAGUGUCAAUACAUUUCCAGUUGCUCAAAUGUUUCCUCCAGCAAAUCCAUUUGCUGUUAAUCAUGAUCAUGAUUAUCUUAAGUUAUCUUUAGCUGACCAAUACCUGAAAUCCCAGAAUAUAUCAGAAAUAUCAGAUAUGGACAAAACCAACCUUGAAAUAAUAACCCGUAAACAGUCAAAGAGCGAGGAAUGGAAAACUGAACACACACAGAGAAUUUCUUCUUCCAAUUUUGGGAAAAUUUGUUUGGCAACAGACAAAACUGAUUUUCAUAAACUUGCUAGAUCAAUGACUAAGCCUUUCGAGGACAUUCAAAGUCCACCACUUAGACAUGGCAGAAAAUAUGAAAAGGUGGCAAUAAAAGCUUUUGAAAAGUCAAGUGGUUUCAAAACCUCACCAUGUGGCAUGUUUGUGUCAGAUGUUCAUCCAUUUCUCGCAGCUUCACCUGAUUCACUUCUCAGUGAUGAUACUACCAUUGAAGUGAAAUGUCCAUUUGCAUCUAAAGACCGUCUAAUCUCUGAGAUAACUGUUCCCUAUUUGAAGGUAUCUGAGGGAAAACUUACCCUUGACAAAAGCAAGCCAUAUUUCUUUCAAGUGCAAGGGCAGCUCUACUGUACUGGUAGAAAACAGUGCAUUUUUAUUGUAUACACGAUGAAGGAUUUGAAAUAUUUUACUGUAUCCCGAGAUGACCAUUUCAUUGAAUCUAUGGUUGAAAAACUUGUGGCAUUUUAUGACACCUUUUUCAAAAAGGCACUACUUGACAAAUUCUAUUUCAGAGAUUAUGACAGGUAUUCCUGGUAAAUUUCAGUUACUGCUGAUACUCAUGUGUCAAUGGUCAUCAGCCCUAUAAACAAGAAAGACAGAAUUGUAGUCUCAAUGUUUAAUGCUGAACAUAUUAUAUUCUGCAUAUAUGGACAUUCACAAACAAAAA